GAUUUUACAUCAGUUUUUAGUUUUCUGUCCGCACUUUAUGUACAUAAAUAGUGAAUAGCAAAAACAAACAAAAAUUUCAAGUCCUAAUCAAAUCUAUGUAUAGUCCGUCAUUUACGACGUCCGGAGAUCCGGCACUUUAGUCAAUACAGGAUAGAGCGAAUUUCAGUGCACACAGUGAACGUAAAUACCCUGUAAAACCAGCAAAGCAAGUCCAGUCGGCUAAAUGUCAGCCAGCUCUAAAGCUAAGCCCUCACUAUUGGGCUCAUACCCAAGAGCAUUCGUAGAGUCUAAAACAAAUUAUAACAUGUGGAAGCCAGAUUUUCCUGGUUGGUGUUACUAUAAUUCGAUGCCAACUAACUCCAACGCUCAAUUGACCCAUACGCCCUAUCCACAACCGCAGCAGGCAUAUAUGCAAACUUAUUCUUACAUUCAUCCAAUGCAACAACCGCUGCCUCAUUAUGCACCCCAAGAAAAUGGCCUGAGCCGAGCUCCGAUACAGUCACAGGCUCUGGCUCAGGUGCAGGCCCAGGCGCAGAAACACGCCUGGCUAGCCUAUCAGGCACAGCAAUUGAAGCAUCACAACUUCAGCUAUUGGUAUGGCUUGAACCAACAAUUGGCCGGAAGAACCUAUCAUCAGAAUGAUGCACUCAAACAACAGCCAACAAUAACUGUGCUGGAAAGAUCCACUCGAUCGAGCUGCUCGCAACCUUAUUCCAAUGAUACACGCUUGCCUGGCUGCGGUCCGGAUCACAGCUUCUAUUCGCAAAUGAGCAGUGGAGGAAGUCUCAAUCGCAUCGAUAGCAUCUCCAGUUUUAUGAAUCAGCAUGGCUUGCACAUACGAAACUCUCAACAGGAUAUGCACACCUAUCAACGCAUUGCGGAACGCAGACUCAACUCGCCAGCGAAUGAUAUUGAGCCCAAUUACGAAGAAGAAGAACAACAACAAUCUGAAGAGCACCUGAAAGAUCAGACAAUGGCUGAGCUUAAGCCACAGGCGAGCAAACUAAUACAACCAACAAAAUUAGCUAGCAAAGUGUCGCUGCAGAGCAAAGGGAACAGUUUUCUCAAAAAACUUGGACUGGUCAGGCAACGCAAAAACAAAUCCAUAGACUCAUCUAAAUCAGAUUCGAAUAAAACUCAAGAGUGCACUGCAAUCAGCUCACAGAAACCGCGCAAGAAACCAAAUCUCUUUAAACGCAUCUUUGGCGGCAUGCAUUAUCCUUCCACGGUGCAAGGAAAUGCUCUGAUCAAAAAGGAACAACACGAGGCAUUCGAAUUCGAGAAAAUGCGCCCAAUGCACUAA